UAACUUUAUGUGCCAUAAGAACUUAUUAGUUGAAUUUAAUCGCCAAGUCACUUGUAUUGUUGGGUCAAAUGGAAGUGGUAAAUCGGCUAUAAUGGUGGGAAUUGGGGUGGUUUUUGGGGCUAAAGCCAGUGCUAUGGAUCGUGGUGGGUCUUUAAAAGGUCUAGUUCGGGCGGGAGAGAGUGGAGGUACUAUCAAAAUUCAGAUAAGAAAUUCAGACUAUCGAGUGGCUGAAUUUGGCCAAACAAUUACAGUUGAGAAAAGGCUGUAUACUGAUGGUCCCACUCGCUUACGGAUCUUAAGUGAAUCUGGGGUAGUACUAGGCCGGACGUUUGAAGACUUACUUUUACUUAUGGAACACUUCCGGAUUAGUGUCAAGAACCCAGUUUCGUUUUUAACGCAAGAUCAAUCAAAACAGAUCUUAAGGGCUGGAACGCCUAAAGGUCUUUAUCGAUUCUUCAAGGCCGGUACAGAUAUUGAAGAUACGGAAGAAAUGCAUCAGAAGAAUCAAAUCAGUGUGCAGAAGAUGCAAGAAGCUAUUGUGCAAGCCGAGAAGAAGCAUCUUUAUGCCCAGAAGAGUUUAAAAUCAGUAGAAACAGCUCUAGAGAUAAGUAAUUCUAUUCUUAAGAUAGAAUCAGAACUAGAUAAGCUUAAAGUUGAAAAGGAAUGGGCCGAUACACUAGCUAAGGCCGAAGAGAAACAACAAAAGGAAAGAGAGAAAGAAUCAGUUUAUGCCAAGUACGUCCAGCACUCUAAGACCAAAGAAACCAUCUUACAACAGAUUGCCGAAACCAAAGAUGAAAUUGGAGCCAAAACCACUGAAUGGCGGGAAAAACGGAACCAAGAACAUACUCAUCGUGCUCAAUUAGAAGAACAACUCGUGAAAGAACGCAAAAGAGAAGCAGAGAUAAGACGGGAAAUCGAGUACUUCCACUAUGAAAUAGAUAAGGCCUCUAAAAACAUUACCCGAAUUGAAGGUAUUCUUGGCAUUGAGAACAAUACAACUUCUGCCCAAACAAUUGAAGAACUAGAACGCAACAAGGAAACUCAUCAAAUCGCUCUUAAGGACCAAGAGAAGAAACAAGUCGAACUUGAAAUCAAAAAAGCCCAAGUAAUCAUUAGUAUAGAUAAGAAAAAAGCCGAAAUCAGAACAUUAGAACAAUAUACUGCUAAAAAGACUGAAGCCCUUCAGGCCUGCCAAAACUACAAUCCAAUCAACUACUACGGCCCAGCCAUGGCUAAAGCUAUUGCUACUAUUAAAGCCCAAGGUAUUCCUGCUAUUGGUCCCCUUGGUUUAAGUAUUGUCAUUAAAGAUGAGAAGUGGUCCCGAGCAGUAGAAGCCGCUCUUGGUCAAUCUGUUUAUGGGUUUAUUGUGCAUACACAGACGGCUAAGUCCGAGUUAGAGAAAGUCUUUCAACUAGCCGGUGUAACUAAGUACCAGAUCUACAUUACUCAGCCACAAGAACAACGGCAGCACGAUUGCAUUCUAGCUAAGGCCCAAAGAGCGGCUAAGGAAAUAGAAGGUCGGGCCGGUACAGCUGGUAGUUCCCAAAUAUGUACAGUUCUUUCCCAAAUCGACCGGACGCCCACCCUUAUUAUUGAGCAGCUAAUUAUUCUCCUGGGAAUAGAAAGACUAGGUUUAGUACAAGAUCGUGGAGUUGGUUACUCAGUCCUUCAGAAAAGAGCAGGGUAUGAUGCUAUCUUUACACAAGAAGCAGAUAAAAUCCAGUAUAUUGGCCGGAGUCUUAGUGAUAUGCGCUGUCUUUUGAAAGAUAAACGACUUUUAGUUUCACAAGAUCAGAUAAGUGAAUUAGAUAAAGAAAUCAAAAACUUACAAGUUCAAAAGUCCAAUCUCUACCAAGAGUACACUACUAUUCAACAAGAACAAGAAGUCUUCUCAGCCGAUCUAGUUAAAAUCCGUAAUACUCAAAACCAACUCUUAUCAGAAAUCUCACGUACUAAUGAACUCAUUAAAGAGAAAAAGCACUUACUAGCUGAUGACCUUUCCAUUGAACACUCAGCUCUAGUUGAAAAGCGUAAACAAGCUCUACUACAGAUUAAAUCAAUUGAACAAACCCAUGCUGAAGUCCUUACUAAGAUAAGCACACUUGAAUCCAAUUCACAAUCAGCCGCCCAAAUCUGUACGCAAACCCAACAGACUUACGAACUGUCCUUUGAAAAGGAGCAGAAGGCCCUACGCGCGAAAGAAGAAAGUCUCUUGCGGCAACUCCAAUCGACUGAAAGUGCUGCACUAGCUUGUAAGAAGGAGAUCGAUUUAUUAGAACAACAUACAGCUGCUUUGGAAAAAGAGCACUUAACACAACGGGCUAAUUCUCUCUCUCUUUCUCAGGGCCAAGUACUUAAUCCGAGUAAGAGUUCAGCUGAGAUAGAUAAAGAUCUAAUUACACUGCAGGCUAAAUUAUCUGCCUUUUCUUCUGAAGUGGAGAUUUCUGCUGAUUUAAUUGAUAAGAAAGAUAGUUUAGUAGCUGAAAUCAGUAAAUUAGAAGGGAUUAUUACUAAUAAUCGGCUGGAGGUUGAUGAAAUAGCUCAAUGGACAGAAAAACGUAUUCAGAUCCGCGAGCAAAUGCUUAAAGAAAUGAGUGAAUAUGCGGCUGGACAGUUUGCUGCCCUUAUGGAAAUGCGUGAAUAUCAAGGAUCUCUUAUCUUUAAUCAUCAAUCUGAAGAACUAGAAAUCAAAGUUCAUACGGCUGAAGGGAGUCGAGGUAACAAGAACCUACUUAGUGGGGGAGAAAGGUCUUUUUCCGGGAUUUGUUUCCUUCUAUCUUUAUGGCGACUUCUUUCUUCGCCUUUUCGGAUCUUAGAUGAGUUUGAUGUUUUUAUGGACGGUCUUAAUCGCAAAGCUGCUCUUCAUUUGAUUGUAGAGACGGCUAGAGAUUUACCUUCUCAAAUCAUUCUUAUUACUCCUCAAGGUGUUCCUGAUCUACCUUCUGAUCUUUGUCAAAUCAUUUCUCUCAAACCCCCGGCCAAGUAA